GAGGGAAGGAAGACACGCAACACGGACUUCAAAGCAACACCAUAAGCUAGAUUUAAGGAGUGUGUUGAGGUCCGUGGUUUUUAAGUUUACUUUGUUACAUUUUCCAACAUACGGUAACUGAGUAGGUUGCUCUUUGUUUUAAUCGAGAUUGUGAGUGUGUAUGUGUGAAGUGUGAAACUGAGAGAGCCAUGGGGAAAUCGAGUUCCUGCUUCAGAUUAAUCACAUGUGGCGGUGAUCCGUCGGAGAAAGAUGAUCAUCACCAAGUAGUAUCGGAGAUCAAUUCUAAUGAUAAACGUGGUUGGAGUUUCCGGAAGAGAUCUGCAAGGCAUCGUGUGCUUAGCAAUACUGUGAUAACAGAGACCCCAUCUACUGCAAAUAAGGGGAGUUCUGAAUGUACAAGUAUUAAUUUUCAAUCAAUGACUGAACCUGCUGUUGUUGAGAAGGUUUGUACAACAAAUUUCUCUGAUGAGAAGCCCCAGUUAUCUAACUUGGCAAGCUCAGAAAUGUCAGAAACAAUUAUCACUGAAACUGAGGCAAAAGUGGAUGUCCAUCUACCUGAGUCUGUUGUUGUCAUUGUCCAGGCUGCCAUUAGGGGGUUCUUGGCUCAAAGAGCAUUGCUAAAGAGUAAGAAUGCAGUGAAGUUGCAAGCUGCUGUUCGAGGGCACUUGGUCAGGAAGCAUGCUGUGGGAACACUGCGUUGUGUGCAAGCUAUUGUUAAAAUGCAGCUCCUUGUGCGAGCUCGACAUGCUAAGCAGGGUAAUGAACAUCAUGUGAGUGAUGUAACCAAAUCAAAUGUGACGCACACUUCUGUAGAGAAGCUGCUCAACAAUAGGUUUGCUUAUCAGCUAUUGGAAUCCACACCUAAGAACAAACCUAUUGGUAUCAAAUGCGACCCUUCUAAAGCUGAUUCUGCUUGGAAUUGGUUGGAGAGAUGGAUGUCUGUUUCUUCAAAAGAUUCUGCCGAGUACAAGAGAACAACUUGUAUGUCAGAACAACCAGACAAAACCAAAGAUAGCACUUCUGUGACUCAAUUGGAAACAGGUGUUCCAUCUGAAGUUCUACUUCAGGUAGAAGACUCUAAGCCCACUGUUACUGAUUCACCUCUGCCAUCUGAGGAUGAAGAGAAGACAACAGCUCAUGAUACUAACAACUUCAACUUCGAAACUAGCCCAUCUACAUCUUCUCUUGUGCGAGAGAACUUGGAACAGGCUCCUACUGAAAAGACAAUUACUGAGGAUGCUAAAGUUACCUCAACUGAAGUUGAUUCUUACCAAAUUGAAAACAUGGAAUUAGAGGAGGAAAAGAAGCUGACCACGUAUGAUGUUAACGACUUCAAUUUUCAAGCAAGUCCCUCAACUUCCUCUCCUGUAAAAGAUAACUUGGAACAGGCUCCUACUGAAUCGGUGAUUGCAGAUGAUGCUAAAGUAAACACAACUGAAAUUGAUUCUUUCCAAAAUGAAAAAAUGGAAUCACAUGCCAGUGUACUACAAGAACCUAGUUCUCUUUCUCAGAAGCCUGAAGUUGAUGGCGAACAGCACAGACAAUCUAUGAAAACAUUUGCUUCAGACCAACUGGAGACUGAGGGAAAGAAAUCUGUACAUGGGUCAAGGAAGUUCAGUAAUCCUGCUUUUGUUGCUGCACAUUCAAAAUUUGAAGAGCUGAGUUUAACGGCAAAUUCAGGUAGGUCAAGCAGUUUGUUCAAUCAAGACGCAUCUGUUGAAUCUCAAGCAGAUACCUCUUCGGUUAUCACAGAUACUGCAUAUAAAUCAAAAGAGUUAUUUUCUGAGAAUUCUGCUCCCUAUCCUUCCAGAAUUGGUGGCUCUGAAUGUGGUACUGAACUCUCCAUUUCUUCAACUCUGGAUUCACCUGACAUAUCAGACGUUGGGACUAUGGAAAAUGAGCAUGAUGCAAAAAAUUUAGCAGAAGCCAUAAAUAAUCCUGAAAAUAAGAUUGAUCAUGGUGUUGAGGGAAAAGCUCUGUGUGCCACUCCAACUUCUAAUUUACCUAACUCUGAUUUGAAUCCAUUAGAAAUUGUUGAUGAGGUCGAUGACAAUGAGGUUCACUCAGUGAUGCUUGGGGAUUCUAAAGAGCCUGCUGCUGAGCCCAAGAAGAAUGCAUCUGAACUGUUGGGAGAGAAGACAGACACCGGUCUGCAUGAUUCCAAGUUGUCUCCAGAAGCUUCACCAAGAAGCCAUAUGACCAUCCCUGAAUCCCAAGGAACACCUUCAAGUCAGGUAUCUGUGAAAACUAAAGAGAGCAAAGUCAACAAGAGUGGAUCCAGCAAUAGACGGAGAACACUGUCUGCUGCUAACAAGUCUCCUGCAAAUGCAAAUUAUGAUUCAGGCUCAAGAGGUAGUAGAGAACAAUUGCCAAAAGAUCAACUGAAUGGCAAGAGACGAAAAUCCUUUGGCUUGGUAAAACCUGAUCAUGCUGAUCAAGAGCUUGGAGAUAAUAGUAGUAACAAUAGUUCUCUUCCCCAUUUCAUGCAAGCUACUGAAUCUGCUAGGGCCAAGAUAAAUGCAAAUAACUCUCCAAGAUCAAGUCCAGAUGUACAUGACCAAGACAUUCCUGUUAAGAAGAGACAUUCCUUACCUGGUGCAACUGGAAGGCAGGAUUCUCCACGCAUCCAACGAUCAACAUCUCAUGCCCAGCAGGGCGCAAAGGGAAAUGGUGUAAAUGCUCUUCAUGAGAGAAAAUGGCUGAGGUGAAUUGACACUUGACAGAUUUAGUGUAUUCAACAUUGUUCAACAAUAGUUAAUGAUGAGUCCUGCGGUGGCACAUUGGCAGUUUGUAAUUCUAAUUCCAUUUACGUCCUUUGCUUUCCCUCUCUGCCCCCCAAAAUUUGAUGAUGAAGUUUGGCUGUGACAGUUGGGUUUGCGGGGGAACUUAUAAGCCUAGAAAUUGUCAAUUGAGUGAGGCUCUUAUGUACAUUAUUGUACUUUCACUGUUAUUCUUGAGUCACACAUAGUGUGGUAUGAUUCUUAAGUUACAGACUACUUGUGUUUGUGAUGUCACUUUGUGUUUGUUAAAAAUGUUUUGUUUGUCUGAGGCAUCUCCCGAUUUUUCUUAGGCAUUGCCUGCUUGUAAUGAGUUGAAUAUUUGUAUUUUGACUUCAAAGCUAUUUUGAUAAAGGACAAAGAGAGUAAAUUAAUCUUUUUUUUUUCACGUU